CAUUUGCAUUUGCAUUGGGCGGAGCAGGAGGUGAGGAACAAGGGGAAGAAAGUCGCACUAUCGCCUGGGGCGAGAAAGCCAUGAGAAAUAUUAGGAUUAUACAGACUCUGUUGCGAAAUCGGAGAUCCCUUUUGUCAUUUGCUCCGUCGUUUUGGUCUCUGAAGCCAAAGGGAAUCUCUCUGAUCCCUCCUUCUCAGUUCCCUUCGUUCCAAAACACGCGUUUGCUUCCACAGGUCUCAUUUUCCUGCACUCCUCUUCGGUUUGUCAACACCGCCGCUUCCUCUGAGGAUGACGACGACGACUCCAGCUAUGAAGAAGACAGAUUACAACGUGAGACAGGCGAAGACGACGAAAUGUCAGAUGGAUGGGAGGAAGAAGAUGAGGCUGAGCCUAGGCCUGGUGAUGGGGGAGGUGGUGGUGGAGUUGACUUGCAAGGUGUCCCUUGGGGCCAACGAGCCCUCUCUAUUGCUCAGGAGGUCCUGAUGAAGUUCAGUGAUGACAUAGAACUGUUCUCUUUCAAGACUACUCCUCGUGGAUAUGUCUACGUGAGAUUGGACAAAUUAACACAUCAAUAUGGUUGUCCAAGCAUGGAAGAGCUUGAAAGCUAUAGUCAAGAAUACAAGAAAAGAUUAGAAGAAGCUGGAGCACUUGGAGAAAUACCUGAUAAUUUAGCUCUCGAGGUAUCAUCCCCAGGUGCUGAGAGGAUACUUAAAGUUCCUGAGGAUCUGAAUCGGUUUAAAGACAUGCCUAUGAGAGUUUGCUAUGCUGAAGAUACCGAGUCCAGUUGCUUAGAAAAGGAAGGAGUGUUCCUGCUAGUAUGUGCUGAAAAAGAGUCAGAAAAUUGUGUGUGGAAGUUGGCAGAUGUAAAAGAGAAUAGAGACCCUUCAAGCAAAGGGAGGCCUUUGAGUCGUAAACAAAAGGAUUGGAGAUUAAAUUUACCAUUUAACAUGCAUAGAAGGGUAACUCUGUACCUUGAGUUCUAGUCAAAUUUUACAUUCUCUAGCCAGAGACGAGGAAGAUAGAGCUUAUAUUUUCUCUCCACAUUUAUUUUUCCCCCCUUCGAGAUGAGUAUAUCUGAAACCUGAAACUAGCUUCAGGGAAGAGAAAAUCAGUUUUGAGUUUGCAAUUGUAUUAGAUUUCAAGUAGACAUGAAAUUUCUUUAGCCUUAUGUUUAGCGUUGGAUGAUAUUUUAGUUCAAAAGGUUAAUGAGAUUUUGUAAAUAUCCUAGAAAUAUUCGUGCUGAUCUUUGGAUUUAAGUUGUAGUCUUGAGCCCUUCUCAAAGAAGUUCAAAGAUAAAGCUUCUACUAA